AAAAGACGUCGACAAACUCAGAGCAGCCGUCAGAGCAGCAGAGGGCGGAGAGCGUGUGGGGUCAGCACAACUUGACAAACUUCGACACUUCGCGGUUUUCGCCACUUCGACUACUUCAAAUACCUUCAUUUCUUAAAGGUCCAGGAUCUUCUUCGACAAUGGGUGUGGAAGGAGGAAUGAAAUGUGUCAAGUUUCUGCUUUUCUUCUUCAACUUUAUUUUCUGGCUAUGUGGCCUCGCGCUGAUAAUCAUAGGCAUCAUGGUGCAGAUGUCUCUUCAUAGCACCUUCAUGAUCCGGGAUGCGUCCGCCUCUGGAGCUCCCAUCCUCCUCAUUGGCGUGGGCGUCGUGAUCUUCUUCAUUGCCUUCUUUGGCUGCUGCGGAGCCUGGAAGGAAAACUACUGCAUGAUCACAACGUUCGCCGUCCUUCUCUCCCUGGUCAUCAUAGCUGAGAUUGCCGCAGCAAUCGCUGGAUAUGUCUUCAGAAACAAACUAUCAACCAUUGUCCAGGACAGCCUCACUGACACGAUCAACAGCUACAAAAACGGGACGAAAGAAUUUAAAGCCUCCGUGGAUAAAAUGCAAGAGAGUUGGAAGUGUUGCGGGGUGAACAGCUCUACUGACUGGAAGUUCUUUUCCACCGAGGGGAACACAGUUCCGGAUUCCUGCUGCCUCAAUGUCACCACAAACUGCGGAAAGGGGGCCAUGACAGACGGCAGUAAAGUGUAUCAGAAGGGCUGUCAUGACGCCAUGGUAGCUUACCUCAAAGAGAACAUCCAGUGGGUGAUAGUUGCAGCUCUUGUCAUUGCUUUCCUGCAGAUAAUGGGCAUCGUGUUCGCCUGCCUGCUGAUGAGAGGCAUCCGCAGUGGCUACGAAGUCAUGUGAUCUACACCUGAUAAGGCCCUGGCUGGUCAGGUCGCACUUAAUGGGAUUUUUCAUGGGGAAACUUUCAUGUUUAUCUUCUAUUUCCCACAUAAUACACAGAGCGAUAUAUAUAUUUUUUCCCCUUGUACCGAUAGGAAAACAUAAGAAAAGGUUCAUGUCCACAAUAAUGCUAGUGUUGAUGUUUUUUAAUGAAGAAUACAAAUCCCUUACUUUGCUUUUUACGGUUUGAGAUUUAGACUCUAUUUAGGGGUUUUUACGUUUUGCUGGUCUCCAGUACAAUUUUUAUUAAAGACUCUUUAAAUGACA